UUGUGAUACUAAUAUUUGCAUGACAACUUGUGUCUUUGGCAUGUUUACCAUUAAACACAAUGACUUUCUGAUACGCUUUUGGUGAAAUUUUCUAAAUGGGUAUUUUUAAGGCUAAUAUACCAAUCUCACACAAUUUUCAUGUCGAGGAACACGCGUUUUAUUGAAUUUUCACGUCCCUUGUGUUACAAGUAUCUCUCCGUCUGUGCAUGAAGCUUCAUAGCCGCCUCUAUCUGCAUCAUGAUUGUGAGUGGAUUGAUGCAUCUACUGUACCAUGGCCUAGUAUUAUUGUUGAUACAGUAGUAGUCGGCAGUGACUGUACUCAAUAGCUCUUGUUUUUACGUAUUAAUUUACAUUUUUUUUGAGUAUUUGUAGUUUGAGUAUUAUUGCUGCAUUACUUUACAUAAAUUGUAACUGAAAUGAUUUGUGAGUGAGUGAUUGUCACAAGGAGUUUCUUGCCACUUCUUGUUAUUAAAGCUCAACCCUCAAAGGAGAUGGAUAUAAAAAGAAAAGUCAUUUCCUUGACCUGCCAGAAUAAGUCAAAGUCUUCGGAAGAAGCCGAUGAGGAAUCGCAGCCCGCAAACGGAUCGAUCAUCACCAUGACGCUCAAAAACAAUCAUCUUAUUGUGGAAACUGAGCACAGACAUGAUAUAACAAGGAACGGACGAGAAACCAAGAUGAAAUAUUCACCAGGCAAUGAAGGCAUCUUCGUUGUUGAAGUUCAACAGUCGGCUGCUUACAGACCAAACAAAUCUGGUCACAGCUCGCCACCACACGACCCUCAAAUAUCCACAAACCAGGCUCUCAUACAUCGACCACCUGAGCCGCUAGAGAAAAGAACCUCUGAAGACAGCGAGAGAAGUAGCGAAAAAUUUGAAAAACGAGCCUUGGCUCUAUCUAGCACUGGUUUAUCAAUAUCGGACCUUAGCAUGUCUUCUAUUGGAUCCCAUAAUGUCAGCUAUUCUUACAGCAGUCAAGUAGGCUACGAACAAGGUCCAUUUGGGUAUCCCUUGUACACAGGUUACGAUGUAUCAAGAGAUGAAGUCUCGGAAGGAAUCACUCACGACAGUUCUCAAGAACCACUUAUUGGUAGGACGCCGACUGAUCCAGACAAGCCAGUAGUAACUGCAGCGAUCUUCAAACAAGACUCUAUUAUAGCAAACAAUGUUUUGCAAGGACCUGGAUAUUGUAUUGAAGGUUCAUCAGACGGUCCGUUACUCUCAGAUGUUCAAGCUAGAGAAGUGAGUCUACAAAAGUUACAUGGUAAAAAUGAAAUGAAAUUGGAGAAUGGAGCAGCUAUUCAGACAAUUGAAAAGUUUGAAAGUCCAAUCAAUUUAUCAAAUCCAACUGAAAAUGAGUCACCGAUUAUAAAAAAUGGAUUUAAUUUAUCAAAAGGUGAAGAUAAUUCGUUAAAUAAUAUUAAAGGUAAAAUUAUAAUACCAAAAACGAGAGCUGAUGUUUACGAAUCUAUUACAGAAGUAAUUUCAAGUGGAUCUCCUAAAUUUGAGAAGCUAAGAAAUGAAGUUUCUCCCGGAGAUAACAGUUAUGAUAGUCCGCCUAUGAUUACAAUCACUGAAGAAAGUGAACCUAGAUCGGACAGUAAUAGUGAGUUUUAA